AUGCUAGCUGAGUCGUUCACGGGCUCUGUUUCUUUCAUGCAACAACGGAAUGCGGUGGUCUGGGUAACAGCAUCCCUUGUGCAUGCACGGCAUUCAGACGGAGAAUCUGAGGCUGCAGCAGCACGUGCUCGGGCACUUACGAGCCUGGAUCAGGAACUGCAAAGGAGAGAGAAAGAGAGAGAAAGACAGACAGACCACAAGGCCACCCCGAAUCCCACCCCCGCCCUUGUUCAGUUCCGCGCCUUCAAAGCCAGCUCCAUCAGCCUUGGCUUAACUCCGGAGCUGCCUGACGAUUUGGGCAUUCUGGAGGAUGCAGCUAAGGAAAUCGAGAAUGCAAUUUCCCAUCUCAAACGCUCAAACAGGGAAAUACAAGAGUUUGACCCCAAUGGAGAAGACCCUGACCUCGUGGAUGCCAUAGCAGGAAAUGUUGUAGCGCUGGAAAAGAAAGAGGAACGUUUGAAGCAUAUCAGAGACAGAAUGGUGGCUUUGAGCGCCACCAGGACAGAAGCCUGCGUCCACAGCGAAUUGCCAUCAAAAGAACGUAUCGAAGCACCGGCUGUCUCUACUAUGAAUUCCUCGGAGGGGGCAGCAAGAGCAGACGCACCAGAAAGAGCAGAUGCACACCCACCUUCAAAAACAGUACAGACAGCAGAAUCCGGAUCUUCCACGUGUGACGGCCCCUCCGCUGUCACUGGACUGUCGCAAGGCAUGCGCGCCUUGGAUAUUCAAAGCACUUCGUCUGAUACGUUUGAGGCAGGCAUUGACCUAUAG